GAUGUAUGUUUAUUUCAUAACCGUUAUUUACUUUUACUUUAAAUCGCCGCGUGUAAUAUACCAGCUAUAUUACACACACAGGCAGCUAUAUCUUGUCGUCUACCGAAGGUGUACAUCACAAGUGAUUGACUGUCCAACGGAUAAAUAAUUACCCGUCAAACGCUUGUCACAAGGUCAUUUGUACCCGCCCACUGGUUCAUCGCUGGCCAGAACUCUUUUUGAUUGACAAUAACAACGUUUUAUUUCUGCACGGCAAAUGCCCUUAUUUGGAACAGGGGCAAUCCCGUUAUACCCAUUAAGAGCCAUUCGUUGGGUAACUGGUUGUUGUCGUUUUUUGCUUGCCCCUCCCGUUAAAAAAAAGAACAAGUAGAAAUCUGCAGGAAAUGUAACGGUAAACGAAAAAGACAGUUGUUAAUUAAACGGUCAUCUUGCUGGUAAAGCAGCGAGCUGUUGGUCUGAAGCCACUACGAUUCAUAAUAUCAAACGCAAUUUCUUGUUUUCCUCUGGCCGCUGACAGCUGAUAGAUCUAAAAGGUCCCGAAUGAGAAUUUGUGACGUCACAGUGUAGUCGUACUCACAUCCGCUCCAUUGCUGACAAGUGGCAUGAACAAUUGGUUUCCCAGCGCGACAGAUACGGUGACAGUAGUGUUAUACGACUAGACCACGUGGUAGUCAGAUCCGUUGAAACAGCAUUAAAUUUGAGUCAGUACCGUAUCAAACAUUUAAUUUUAUUUCCGGAACUCUUUUCCGCACGCGGAGCUUUGUACCUGUUACACUGGGCGUGAGAGGGACUGGGUAAACUCAAUUUCGUGUUAAAGUUUGAUGGUGCCUCCCGUCAGAAAAAUAUCGCCAGGAAAACUUCAGGAUUUAUUGUCUCUCUUUCGCUGGAGGAGUGGAUUUUGUUGUGUGGGUGAAUUUCAGGGAUUUUGUGUAUUAUCUGUAUAUACCACUGACACUUGAAAAUGUCGCAGGAGAGAACGGAACGGAAAGGCUCUCAGGUAGUGCAUGUGCGGGAGAACAGUGACACAGAACUGGAAGCGCUGUUCAAUUUCGCAAUCAACCCGUCCGACAAUAAGGGCUGCAUCCCAUUCCGAAUGAGGAACCUGCCACCUUCUUUCUUCAACCCCGGGGCCCAGAAACACAUCGGACACAUUCACGAGGACAGUUCCGACUCCACCGGGUACCCGGCCACGCCCAGCUCGGUCGGGGGAGCCCACAGCAACGUCAUUUCACACAGCAGAGCGCACUCCUCCCCUGCAAGUCUUCAACAGACCCUCAGCGCCGCACCCCCACAGUUACCCCCUCCACACACGCGACAACAGAGUUGCGACAUUCUCUCGGACGAUCAGCCGCUGCCUCCAGGAUGGGAUAUGGCCAAAACGUCCCACGGACAAAGGUACUUUCUCAAUCACCUCUCACAGACGACACAAUGGACCGACCCACGCAAGGGUCAGCAGCAAGACUCACCCAUCCACAGCGGUCCGUCCUCCCCCCAGAACAGCGUCUCCGUAGAUAAGGUCCCCCUCCCCCCGGGCUGGGAGCAGGCAUUCACCCCCGACGGCGAAGUGUAUUACAUCAACCAUCUCAACAGGACGACUAGCUGGUUCCAUCCUGGUAUACCACAUCAGCUACAACGUCCUGGAAUGAGAAUGCAACAACAACAACAGCAACAACAACAGCAACAGCAAAUGUCGGCGAACCCGACGUCUCCGCAAGGGCCCGGUCCGCGACCGAUCAUGGUGGAGCGCCUCCAGCGUCUACAGCUGGAGAAAGAGCUCCUCAAGAAGAGACAAGAAGAAAUCGCACGUCAGGAGAUGAUGAUUCGCACGGGCAACCUGGCGUCGAGCACGGCGGAGCAGCAACAGAAAGACAUUGUGUGCUCGCAGUCAAAUGAGAUGACGUCGAUCACGGACCCGUUCCUUGGGCAGACAGCUGCCACAGACUUACACUCGAGGCAGGCCAGCGCCGACAGCGGACUCGGUGGGAUGGGGACGAGCUAUAGCUUACCUAGAACUCCUGAAGAUAUCCUUGGCAAUAUGGAAGAAAUGGACACACAAGAUGGGGACUUUAUUUUCUUUGACACAGGCCCUAAAUUAACCGGGGGAGCAAAUGACUUUGGCAGCAUGGACAUUUCGAAUGUGGUCACCGGCGACGGAGGUGACAACAGUAAUAUGGAGAGCGAAGAUCUUGUACCAAGCCUACAAGAGGACAUCAGCAGUGACUUGCUGAAAGACGUGGAAACUGUACUGAACUCAAACAAAAUUGACAAUUUGUUAACGUGGUUGUGAGAUGCCCAGCAGAACCAGUCAACCCGAGAGGGAAAAAAACAAAUUAGUUUAUUUUUUUAUAACUUUCCAACGAGGAGCAAUGCAUUCUGGGAGCAGACUGUUUUGCUGAGAAGUAUUGUAAAGCUAGAUAGGCAGAUUGAGCUGGCCAAUCAACAAGAUGGAAAAGUUGACCAAUGGAAAACCAUGAAACAGUUGACCAAUCGAAACCAUGGAUAAAGAAGAAUUGUCCUAUCAUCGUGGUCAGACAGAAGCUGAUUUUUGUUAAUAAUCAGUUUCCACCAUAAACCUGCUUGCAUAUCCCGCAGAAUGACAAAAAAGAGAUUUUCUGAAGUUUGGCAGGAACAUUUCAUUAUACUUGCAAAUUAUUUCACAAAAAUCCAUUAAUAAUAGACAGAAAAGCUGAUAGAAUUAUCUCCCUUUUUGAUUAUCAGGAAUUUAUUUAUUUUGAAAGAAAGUCGGGAGAUGUGAAAUUUAUAAAAUAUUUUGCAUUUCUGUACAUUAGCUUGGAGUCACUGGAAUCCUUGCCAAACUAUCAGUACCAUGGUUUCUGUUUCCUGGUUUGAAACUUACCAAUCAACACCGUGGUUAGAAAUGACCAAUGAGAUUGCUGCAUGUGUCAGCUCAAAAUGCAGUAUUUCAUACACACAACUCGAUUGGUGCAAUGUAAGCAAGUUGCAAGAUACUUCAGGGAUGUUUGGAAUGGGAGAAAAAAGAUGAUAAAUUACAACAUGAAAGAGCGGGCUCUUGUGAAUCUAUCUUAUUCCAUUUUGUCAGAAAACAACUUUUGAUAAACUGUAGAUCUUUCUCAUAGCAGAGAGAAAAAUAUAAACACUUUGAAAUCAUUAUUUUUUAUUAUCGAUCAGGGAUGGACGAAACAAUUAGUUUCUGUGUUGUAUUUUCAAUAAAAUAGUAUGAAGAAAAAUAUAUAUUGCAGCAGAAAAAAAAAAGAAAAAAAAGAGUUUUAAAAAAAAGUUGAUAAUUCCAAAACACACAUAUUUUAAAUACAAUAUUUUUUUAUAAUGGGCAGGGAAAUUGUAAUCGUGUGGAAUUUUAUGUAUUAAUAACAUCCCAUCAUGCCUUGCAGUGCUUAGCUAGUUUCUACAACAAGCCUGAGUGUUGUUUAUGUAAUAUGUGGAUAUUGUACAUUAACGUUAUUGUUUUCCCAUGCCUUGUAGGAGUUGGCUUGAAUAGUUUAUGUACAAACAAGAAUUCAAUCAAUUUUGUUUUCAUGCUUUAAAAUAUAAUUUUUUUAUUUUUAUGAACUAACUACAGUGAUUCCAUACAUUGUACACUAAAGACCUGCACUGAAUCAUACCCCAAUUUAGAAUCUGGACUUGAACUGCAUGCAGUUUGUACCAGGAAGGUUUCAGGGAUGAUUUUAGGGAUGGGCAAAUAGGGCAAGUUUUACACUUUCAAGGGCCAUAGAAUUUUGUUAUUAUUAUACAUAAUAAUGAAAAAAAAAUGUUCUCAUAAAAAUUAAACAUUACAAUGGCCAAAUAACUACCCCACUGGUGGCCCCAGGAACCCUAAGUUCACCCUUUUUUGUCAAAAUUAUUGACAUCCACUAGCCAAUGAUUAAUUAAUUAAUCAAUGUGCUCCAGUGGUGUCAUUAAACAAAACAAACUUUAACAAACGUUUUGUCAAAAUUAAAUUGGAGCCUGUAUGAUAAGUUAUUUAGAACCUGUUAGUUCCCAAUUUGAUUCUUGAAAAAAGUUAAACUAUCUCGUAAAGUCCUAGAAUGCAUAAAGACGUUUCUGAGAUUCAUAAAUCUAAUACUGACAGUAUUUUUCACUGUAAAUCUGUCAGUAUUGUAAAACCAUUUUAUUUUGGGGAAACCAGAGCCAAAAUUACUUCUUUUUUUUCUUUUUCAUUGAACAUAAUUGUCAAUUUUAGACUCUCUUAGUAAAUAUUUUGACCAUCUUUCAAGUUUGAAAGAUAUUAGCGUAGCUGUUUAUUAUUUUCUGAUGUUUGUAAAAUGUGAAGUUACUAUAACUUUUUAUUUACUAUGCAAUAUUGCACAUAACUUUUGGGUAUUUAUUUUAAUUUGAUUGAUAUAAUCUCUCUACUUUUGUGAAAGUGAAAAACGAAGAAGAUAUAUAUACAUAAAAAUAUUAAACAUUUUUAUACGUAUAUUGUUAGGGGAGUAUAAAUCCUUUUGUGUAAAGAAGGUAAAUAAGUGUUUUUGAAAAUUUUAAUCUUGUUAAUUAUAUAUACAUAUUCUGUGAAUUUUGGGUUUUGGAUUGACCGUGAUCAGUUUUAUAUUAUAUUGUAGUUUGGGUUCUGUUCUUUAUAGUUUCUAUUUAAAUUGUUACAGAUUAAAUAAUUAUAUAUUAUAUGGUUUGAUUUACGGAACAGCAUUUGAAAUGUUGUUGAAAGUGUAUCUUUAAAGAAAAUAGCAGAAAUAUUUGUAUUAUUGGUAUAUGUUAGAGUAUGUACGAAGUAGCUUUAUAUUGGGCGAUAUAGUCAACAAACAAAAUCUACAUCAAUGUGGUACACUGGGUGCUAAAAAUAACCAAUGCUCUCAAAAUGUUCAAAGCAGGUGCCAGAUAAAAAGGCAAUUUGCAUUUUUAAAAAUUAAUUAUAUGGUAGUUUUAAAAUUAAUUAUAUGGUAGUUUUAAAAUUAAUUAUAUGGUAGUUUUAAAAACACUGGAUUAUCUUUGCUACAUCUGUCUGCAUGCAGAUGCUUUCUUGUUUUGGGUGGUAGUUAUGCAGCUGUUUGGUAGUUGUGCAACUGUUUGGUAGUUAUGCAACUGUGGUAGUUAUGCAACUGUUUACUCGCAGCUACCCCUAUACAUUUCCAAAACUAAUCCACGGGGGUAAUGUUUUGGAAUAAUGGCCACAGCAUUUCUGCCUGGGAUUAUUUUUGGGGGGAUAUCUGUGAAUUCAGUAAUGCAGGCAUUAUGCUUACCAUUAUCAUUAAUAAAUGCAUUUCUACAAUGAUACUACAGAUAUACUCUUUUGUUCCAGCUGACAUGAACACGGAAAUGAUGUUCCAGUAAUGUCUUUUUGUGAAAUUGUUAAAUGCUGUUGGAAUAUUUUAUACUCGGGCCUAGCUCUGGCUGAGCAGAUCAUUGCGCCAGAUUAUGUGUUAAGCUUAAGAAAUUGCAGAAACCGUCAUCUUGUAACAAAAUAUCAGUUAUUAAUUUAAUUAUUUUACCAAAUUAAAAUAAAAUUUGCUAAUUGUUUUUAAAAUUGGCAAAUUUAGCGAAUGCCAGAGCUAGCCCUGUAUUACUAAUCAAGUUGGAAAUCCACUCUGAACAAACUGCAUUUUAUAUCCGAUUUUUUGAGGAGAGUGAUGUCCUCUUCAACAUUUUAAGGAGUGCAAUUUUACACUUCUGUUUUUUUUUUCUUUCAGAAACUAAAGUCUGAAUCACUCAUGUAUAUUAGCCCCAGUGUUUGUGUACAAGACAUUUUUUUUGUUCUCGCUGCGAAUGUUUGCUGUGAUUUUGUCGCCCUAUCAGAGUUUAGAUUACAGGACUAGAGUUUCUAGUCGGGAGACUGAACUAGACUACCAGUUUCUAGUCAAAGAACAACAACCGAGUCGGUACAGAUUAAAUUCCACCUGUAACAACUUAAAGGGAAUCCGUCACAUUUUGCUGGCAUCACAUUUAUAGCCUAUUGCACAUCUACUGCCUGAAAGAUAUUUAAAAGACUAUUUUACUAAAGUGAAACAUAUACCGUAUGUUAGAGCAUGGGUUGAAGCACUUUCAUACAUAAUUGUAUGGCUUUCUGAGGACACUCUUAUCAACUACAGUCCACUCCACUUGUUCGCAUAUCGGUUUAUAGCAUUCAUUCUUGGUAAUUUUGUAUCAAGUGGAAAGUAAGGUAGUUCCACACACACAAUGGAAAUGCUUGUGAGAUGUUCAAACACUGUGACUGGCUAAUGUGUAUAAUGUACCAAAGUUAUAAAUGUGAUGCCUGCAUCUUAUGAUUGAUUCUUUUUAAUAUAGAUAACCUGCAGGGAGAGAAAAGAGAGUGGGGAGCAGAUCCACAAUUUUCUACAGAUUUUACUGAUAAAUAGGGCAGUACAAUAUAUAAUGAAAUGGAUCUGUCCCUGUCUCGAUAAAGCCUGGAUGUAUUGUCUUUAAUUCUGGCUUCAACUAUAUAUGUGUUAACAGAGGUCAAUGGAUGGCUUAAAUACAUGCCGGCCUCUUUAACUACAUAAUUCUAGACUGCAUACUCAAAAGCUGAUAGCAGAUUAUGAAUAACUUUGACAAAGGAAUUGCAAAGAUUUCUGAAUACCUUAUGACAAAGGGAUUGCAAAGAUUUCUGAAUACCUUAUGACAAAGGGAUUGCACAGAUUUCUGAAUACCUUUGACAAAUGGAUUGCAAAGAUUUCUGAAUAUCUUUGACAAAGGGAUUGCAAAGAUUUCCGAAGAAGUUUGACAAAGGGAUUGCAAAGAUUUCUGAAUAUCUUUGACAAAGGGAUUGCAAAGAUUUCUAAAUACCUUUAACAAAGGAAUUGCAAAGAUUUCUGAAUAUCUUUGACAAAGGGAUUGCAAAGAUUUCCGAAGACCUUUGACAAAGGGAUUGCAAAGAUUUCUGAAUAUCUUUGAUAAAGCGAUUGCAAAGAUUUCUAAAUACCUUUAACAAAGGAAUUGCAAAGAUUUCUGAAUACCUUAUGACAAAGAUUUCCGAAGAUCUUUGAUGAAGGAAUUGCAGUUUCCUAAGACUUUUCUCUCCCUGACCACAUGUAGCCAAAAAGGUCCAAUGCUUACCGAAGGCUUGUCAUUGAAACAAAAAUCUGACGCACUUGUUUGAUGGUAAUGCAUUGGACACAAAUUGCAUUUGUCAAUUGAAUGCAGACUGUUAAGUUUAUAACGUGAACUGGCUUCACAGGUUAUCAUUAGAAUGGUUGGAAAAACAAAACUGUGCAUGUAUGAUUAUAUAUAGUAUAUAUUAUCAAGUCCUUGUGAUCACAAGAUUGUUUUAAUAAAAGUGCCUUUAAUUUGAUGGCAAUAUAGUCUUCAACAAUAUAUAUAAUUGUACAGAAAUGUUGUGUGACAUCGGCAGUGGAUGUCGCACACCUCUCCAUACACAAAUUAAGAAGUGGUUUUAACGAAGGUACCCAAGUGCUGAACAAAUGCCUUCAACAAUGAGAAAUAUAAGAAAUCUUUGCUGUGCUGCCAUGAGCAUUGAAGCAAUCAUUUUCUACAUUACACGGAGAGAGGACUGAAUAAAUUUCAGUGUGGUGUGUGUACUAGAUAUGAGUUUUCUAUAAUUAUUAUUGUCAUGUUUUUUCAUAUGAACAGAUUUUAUUUUCAUAUAUAAAUGCAUGUCUUUUUUUUUUUUAAUCCACUGCCAAAGUGGUUGUCUUGAGUGGGAAAAAAAGUAUUGACACAUUGAAAUGACUUCUGUUGAAAUGCAACUUUAUGCUGUGAAAUGAACCUCAAUUUUUUUUUUAUAUUCAUCUAUACAUUCCAAUAAAACCAUCCAUUUGCAAGCUCACCAAAAAAGCUGAUAUAGAUAUGGUAGAAACCACAUCUGACCUAGGCAAUAAUGAAUUGUUAAUUAAAUUAAACAGGAAGCGCCAGCAGCCAUUUUGUACAACAGAAUUACAAGUAUUUUGAUGAUCUUGUGUACAAGUACUUUGUACCGUUUUUGAUGAUAUACAUUUUAAGUAUAGCUGUAAUUUUUAAACACCCCGUUCCUGGUUAUAUAGAUGGAUUUUUGCUUUUUCAAAUCAGUCAUGUUAUAGUUUCCUUGUUUUUGCUGAAUUCUGUGGUCGGAAAUAACAGUAAGUUUGUGAUUACUUAAUUCCUCUAUUUUAACAGUGUUAUUUGUUUGUGAGGGAAAAUAUUGCAUUUGUUUGGCUAAAUUUAUCACAUACCCAUUAAAAAGUUGUAAAAGUCUAGAUUAAUGCAAAUUUGAAUGAUGGCUUUUAAUGUAUCAAUUUCCUCCAAAUCAGAAAAUCCUAUAAAUGCAGAAACUAGGGAUUUAGAACAAGUAUUGAAACCAAAAAAAAGUUUGUUUUUCCUUCUUUUUUUUUAAUAUAUAUAAUAUGAAUGGAUUUGUGAUAAAUAUUGAGCCAUAUAAUAUAUUUUGAUGCUAGUUAUGGACUUGUGUUUUUUUACAUGGCAGAAUUACUUGGCUGCCAGGACUGAUUUCAUACAUGAAAAAUACAUUUUAAACUCGGUGGUUCAUACCGUGCUCUUAAAAUAUGUCGUUCUAAGAAACUUUAGUAAAUUAAAAAAAAAAAAAAAAAAAAA